AUGAAUCCUCAGUUUUUUUCACCAUUACAAGUCAGACCUAAACUUGUUCCUGUUGUUGUGCAACCAACAGUUCCAUUGGCCUCUACAUCCUAUGCACUGCCUCCAGUAAAUACAUUUACAUCCCCUGUACAACAUAAUAACGCCUUCUCUACGUUUUGUAUGUCUGCGGCUGAUGUUGUAUUAGAUGGUAAAACAACCACAGCAAGAACCAGAAGGGAACUGGAACAUUUAGGCUCUACAAGGCGCGCAACUGAAUUGAUUUUUGAGCUGGCAGCUCGGAAAAACGGGAUCAGGGUUGGCGUGGAUUCUAGUAGCAGAGCUGCAUCAGCUGGAAAACUUCAAGAUGAUUCUCUUGAAGACUUCAAAAAGAUUGCACAGCAAAAUGGAAUUACAGUUUGCCCACCUGGUAGCAUUAGUGUAGAAGAAAAUGGUUCAAAGGUUAGAAAAGACAGUGACAAUGCAUGUUCACAGAUAACUGAGAAAAAUCCAACAGACAAUUUAGCUAACAAGCAUGGUGAAGGGAUGUGUCUACCAACAUCACACAGUAUAUAUCCAUGGGAAAGUGAUUCACCUUCUUCAGCUGCCAACUUUUAUGAGCUGAACAAUAAUCACAAUGACUUUAAGUGUAGUGAGGAAAAAGGAGAGAUCGCAAAUGAAGUUCCAUUUGAGUUUCGUACCACUAACACUCUUGAUCUUUUUAAGAUCAAAGCAGCUGCAAGUGGCAUCAAAGUUCAACAUGUCACCACGAUGAUUGAAGGCCAAAAGCCUGAAUUUACUCAGUGGGGAAAGCAAUUUUCUCAUCACUCUGAAACAGUGUUGGGAAUGGCUGAUUUAGACACAUGUGUAUCAGGAGACACUAACAGUGCCACUUCCAAUGUAGAACGUGUUAAUGAUACUGAGAGUGAUGCAACGAUUAUGCAUUAUGUAAAUCAAAAUGAUGAAGGUUAUGAGGAUACUAGACCAGAGCAAGAAAUUUUCAGUGAGGACAGUGAAAAGAAAUCAAGUAUUCAGAAAUGUGGCAAAGAAGUUCCCUUAUCAGAAUUGAGAAAAGAAAUGGAUGCAGCAAAUACAUGUAGUGAAGAAGGCACUGACUCUGAUGGAAGAACAAACAAUUCAAAGGAAGACCAGCUUGAUAAUGAACAUGUUUUGAGUUCUUCUAAGGAAGAUGCAGAAAUUGCAGCAUUUCAAAAAAUCGCGCGCCAGAAAGGAAUCAAAGUUGGAAACUCGUUGCCUACAACUCGUUUGUCUACCAUCUCCUGUGAAGUGAAUGCGGUAGAAAGUAUAGAAGCACAUGGGUCAGAUGUUUUGGAAUUCACUGGAGAUGCCCAGAUUGCAAAAUUCCACGAAAUGGCGCGACUAAAUGGAAUAAGAGUGGGUGGUAAAAUGCAAGAAUCACCUCUCCAUUCAGACGGUUUAAAAUCGUUCACAACAGUAUCUACCAAAGGAAAUGAAUGCUGGCCAAGGACACCACAUCCAUUUGGGGAGCUCUGCCAAAUUAUUAGUGUUCAAGAUAUCGGGCGGGUUAGAGACUUCAAAGUGACUGGGGAAUUUUCAGGCAGUUCAUCCUGUUCUUCCUUGUCAACUGCAAGUAGUGAAGAUAAUUUAUAUUAUGCAGGCAGAGAAGGAUGGCGAACGACGGACAGAUAUGAGGAGGUAGCCAAAAGGAACGGCAUCAAAAUUGGGAAAAAUUGUGAAGCUAGUGCUCAAACGGAAGUACAUGUAGAAACUACAGAUUACUGCAGUCAGACUUGCGAAGAAGACCUUGGUUUUUUCAAACGUAACACAGGGGUACAAGUGGAUGCUGUUAGGGAAGCAUUUGAACGGGAAUUUAAGCAAUGGAAACUUGAUGACAAUGCUGCUGGCGAUAGUGAAGAGCUGUGUUAUAAAAAAUUGUACCUAACAGAACGGAAUGCUCAUGAGGCAAUCAAAGACAGCCUCCAGAAUGAAAAAGAUGUGUCUGCCAAUACUAAACAUAACCACAAAAGAGUAAUGGAGGAAUUAAAGGAGGAACUGAAGAGCCAGGGGGAAGAAAUUGAGAAACUGAAAAAAGAUCUAAAGACAGUGAAAAGGCAGAAAGAAACAGAAGCUAAGAGAAUAGCAAAGGAUUUGAAGUCAAAAGAGGACGAACUGGAGUCCACUAAAGGUGCUCUUCAGCUAAAGGAAGUCGCCCUCGAAGGCCUGAGGUCAAUAAUAAAAGAUAAAUCUGAAAAGCUGAAGACUGCAGAGGAACAACUCGAGGAGAUGAAAACUGUGCUGUCCAAGAUAAGGGAGAAUAGAGAGUACAGUACAUGCUUGGGAAGACUUUGGUAUACUUGGAAGAAUACCCUCGUAAAGAAAUUCCUUCAGUUUUCUGCUCUUGUUCCUUAG